AUGGCAGAGGGCCCUGUGGCAACAGGCAUGGGAGAUGUGGACUGGAUUCUGGACUGUUUUGGGGCCAUUCAAUACUGCAUUCCUGUGCCAGGGGCCUCUCGGCCUUUGGGCUCCCUGGAUGGUUUUCCCAUCGGUUACCUGGACAACGUGACGCACGGCCUGAGGGCCUAUGAUGGCCUUUCCCUGCCUGAGGACACAGAGACUGUCACAGCUGGCCGGGCUGGCUGGACCCAUUCAUACCUCUCUGACGAUGAGGACCUGCUGGCUGAUGAUGCAUCAGGAGAUGGUCUGGGCAGUGGAGACGGGGGCAGUGGAAACUUCCAUAUGGUCUAUUUCCGGGCUCUGGUAAAUUUUACUCGGUCCAUUGAGUACAGCCCCCAGUUGGAGGAUGCAGGUGCCAAGGAGUUCCGAGAGGUGUCGGAGGCUGUGGUGGAUAAGCUGGAGUCAGAGUACUUGAAGAUCCCAGGAGACCAGAUUGUCAGCGUGGUGUUCAUCAAGGAGCUGGAUGGCUGGGUCUUUGUUGAGCUGGAUGUGGGCUCCGAAGGGAAUGCAGAUGGGGCUCAGAUUCAGGAGGUGCUACACACAGUGGUCUCCAGCGGCUCCAUUGGCCCCUACAUCACCUCCCCCUGGGGGUUCAAGUUCCGACGCCUGGGCACAGCACAGACCCCCCCACCAUCCCCAGCUGCUGUGGGGGUCACAGUGACACCAGUGCCACAGAUCCCAAGGGUCUGCACCGAGACAGAGUUUGCUUGCCACAGUUAUAACGAGUGUGUGGCUCUAGAGUAUCGCUGUGACCGGCGACCUGACUGCAGGGACAUGUCUGAUGAGCUCAAUUGUGAGGAGGCAGAACCAGAGCUCAGCUCCAUGCCACCUGCUGUUGUGAAGGUGUCUCCUUUACCACUCUGGCCAGAGGCAGCCACAGCACAUCCACCACCAGUCACAUAUGGACCUCAGUUUCUGUUACCCAGUGUUGCUGUGCCCACGGUGUGUGGACCCCAGGAGGCCACAUGCCGCAGUGGGCACUGCAUCCCCAAAGAUUACCUCUGUGAUGGUCAGGAAGACUGCAAGGAUGGCAGCGACGAACUGGGCUGUGGGCCCCCACCACCCUGUGAACCUAACGAGUUCCCCUGUGGAAAUGGACACUGUGCUCUCAAGCUGUGGCGCUGUGAUGGUGACUUCGAUUGUGAGGACCAUACAGAUGAGGCUAAUUGCCCCGUCAAGGAGCCUGGGGAAGACUGUGGGCCCACACAGUUCCGAUGUGUCUCCACCAACAAGUGCAUCCCGGCCAGCUUCCACUGUGACGAGGAAACUGACUGUCCUGACCGCAGUGAUGAGUUUGGCUGCAUGCCCCCCCAGGUGGUGACGCCUCCCCAGCAGUCCAUCCAGGCUUCCCGGGGCCAGACAGUGACUUUCACCUGCGUAGCCAUUGGUGUCCCCACACCCAUCAUCAAUUGGAGGCUCAACUGGGGCCACAUCCCUGUUCAUCCCAGGGUGACGAUGACCAGCGAGGGAGGGCGUGGCACACUGAUCAUCCGUGAUGUGAAGGAGGCAGACCAGGGCGCCUACACCUGUGAAGCCAUGAACGCACGUGGCAUGGUGUUUGGCAUUCCAGAUGGCGUGCUGGAACUCGUCCCACAGCGAGGCCCCUGCCCCGAUGGACACUUCUACUUGGAGGACAGCGCCUCCUGCCUGCCCUGCUUCUGCUUUGGUGUGACCAAUGUAUGCCAGAGCAGCCGGCGCUUCCGGGACCAGAUCCGGCUGAGCUUUGACCAGCCCAAUGACUUCAAGGGUGUGAAUGUGACCAUGCCAUCGCAGCCUGGUGUGCCACCCCUCUCCUCCACCCAGCUGCAGAUUGAUCCAGCCCUACAGGAGUUCCAGCUGGUUGACCUGUCACGCCGUUUCCUUGUCCAUGACGCUUUCUGGGCCCUACCCAAGCAGUUUCUGGGGAACAAGGUGGACUCCUAUGGUGGCUACCUGCGCUACAAAGUGCGCUAUGAUCUGGCUCGAGGCAUGCUGGAACCAGUGCAGAAACCAGAUGUGAUCCUUGUGGGCGCAGGGUACCGCCUCCAUUCUCGAGGCCACACACCUACCCAACCUGGAACUCUGAACCAGCGCCAGGUCCAGCUCUCUGAGGAACACUGGGUCCAUGAGUCUGGCCGGCCUGUGCAGCGGGCUGAGAUGCUGCAGGCGCUGGCCAGCCUGGAGGGUAUACUGCUGCAGACAGUGUACAAUACCAAGAUGGCCAGUGUGGGGCUGAGUGACAUCGUCAUGGACACCACUGUCACCCAUACCACCAGCCAUGGCCGUGCUCACAGUGUGGAGGAGUGCAGAUGCCCCAUUGGCUAUUCUGGUUUGUCCUGUGAAAGCUGUGAUGCCCACUUCACCCGGGUGCCCGGAGGGCCCUACCUGGGCACUUGCUCUGGCUGCAAUUGCAAUGGCCAUGCCAGCUCCUGUGACCCUGUCUAUGGCCACUGCCUGAACUGCCAACACAACACUGAAGGACCUCAGUGUAACAAGUGCAAAGCUGGCUUCUUUGGGGAUGCCACAAAAGCCACAGCCACAGCCUGCCGGCCCUGCCCCUGCCCAUACAUCGACGCCUCCCGAAGAUUCUCAGACACUUGCUUCCUGGACACAGACGGCCAAGCCACCUGUGAUGCCUGUGCCCCAGGCUAUACCGGCCGUCGCUGUGAAAGCUGUGCCCCUGGAUAUGAAGGCAACCCCAUCCAGCCAGGCGGGAAGUGUAGGCCCACCACCCAGGAACUUGUGCGCUGUGAUGAGCGAGGUAGCCUGAGUGCCACCGGAGGGGCCUGCCGCUGUAAGAACAAUGUGGUGGGGCGCUUAUGUAACGAGUGCUCGGAAGGCUCUUUCCACCUGAGCAAGCAGAACCCUGACGGCUGCCUCAAGUGCUUCUGCAUGGGGGUCAGUCGGCAGUGCAGCAGCUCCUCCUGGAGCCGAGCCCAGGUGCUCGGGGCCUCUGAACAGCCCUCUCAGUUCAGCCUGACAAAUGUGGCAGGUACCCACACCACCAGUGAGGGGGUCUCGUCCCCUGCACCUGGGGAGCUCUUGUUCUCCUCCUUCCACAACCUCCUGUCUGGACCCUACUUCUGGAGCCUUCCUGCCAGCUUCCGAGGAGACAAGGUGACUUCCUACGGAGGAGAGCUGCGCUUCACUAUAACCCAGCGGCCACGGCCCAGUUCUGCACCCCUGCACAGACAGCCACUGGUGGUGCUGCAGGGCAAUGGCAUCGUGUUGGAGCACCACGCCUCAAGGGAGCCCAGCCCUGGCCAGCCCAGUAACUUCAUAGUGCCCUUCCGAGAGCAAGCGUGGCAGCGGCCUGACGGGCAGCCAGCCACAAGGGAGCAUCUGCUGAUGGCCCUGGCAGGCAUCGAUACCCUCCUCAUCCAAGCAUCCUACACCCAGCAACCGGCUGAGAGCAGGGUCUCUGGCAUCAGCAUGGACAUAGCUGUGCCAGAUUACACUGGCCAGGACUCAGCGUUGGAAGUAGAGCAAUGUACCUGUCCACCUGGGUACCGUGGCCCUUCCUGCCAGGACUGUGACACAGGCUACACACGCAUGCCCAGUGGACUCUACCUGGGUACCUGCGAACGCUGCAACUGCCAUGGCCACUCAGAGGCCUGUGAGCCUGAGACUGGUGUUUGCCAGAGCUGCCAGCACCACACAGAAGGUGCUCACUGUGAGCAGUGUCAGCCAGGGUUCUAUGGGGAUGCCCAGCGGGGCACACCACAGGACUGCCAACCCUGCCCAUGCUAUGGAGCCCCUGCUGCUGGCCAGGCUGCCCAUACUUGCUUCCUGGACACAGAUGGCCACCCCACCUGUGACUCAUGUUCAGCAGGCCACAGCGGGCGUCAUUGUGAGAGGUGUGCCCCAGGUUACUAUGGUAAUCCCAGUCAAGGACAGCCCUGCCACAGAGAUGGUCAGGGGCCAGAGGAUCUAGGCUGUGGCUGUGACCCUCAUGGCAGUGUCAGCAGCCAGUGUGAUGCCUCUGGUCAGUGUCAAUGCAAGGCCCAGGUGGAAGGCCUUACCUGCAGCCACUGCCGACCCCACCACUUCUACCUGAGUGCCAGCAACCCAGAAGGCUGCCUUCCCUGUUUUUGCAUGGGUGUCACCCAGCAGUGUGCCAGCUCCUCUUACUCACGCCACCAGAUCUCCACCCAAUUUGCUCCUGGGGAUUUCCAAGGCUUUGCCCUGGUGAACCCACAGCGCAACAGCCAACUGACAGGAGGCUUCACCGUGGAAUCAGUGUCUGGUGGGUCCCAGCUCUCUUUUGGCAACUUUGCCCACCUUGGCCAAGAGUCUUUCUACUGGCAGCUUCCAGAAACAUACCAGGGAGACAAGGUGGCGGCCUAUGGCGGGAAGCUACGAUACACCCUCUCCUACACAUCAGGGCCACAGGGCAGCCCACUCUCAGACCCCGAUAUCCAGAUCACGGGCAAUAACAUCAUGCUGGUGGCUUCCCAGCCAGCACCACAGGGCCCAGAGAGAAGGAGUUACGAGAUCAUCUUCCGAGAGGAGUUCUGGCGGCGGCCAGAUGGACAGCCUGCUACCCGUGAGCAUUUGCUCAUGGCCCUGGCGGAUCUGGAUGAACUUCUGAUUCGGGCCACCUUCUCCUCAGUGCCACGGGCAGCCAGUAUCAGCGCCGUGAGCCUAGAAGUGGCCCAGCCUGGGCCUUCUGGAGGGCCCCGAGCCCUCGAGGUAGAAGAAUGCCGCUGCCCCCCAGGCUAUGUCGGGUUGUCCUGCCAGGACUGCGCCCCAGGCUACACGCGCACUGGAAGCGGACUGUACCUUGGCCACUGUGAGUUGUGUGAAUGCAACGGCCACUCUGACCUGUGUCACCCAGAGACUGGAGCCUGCUCGCGAUGUCAGCACAACACAGCUGGUGAGUUUUGUGAACUGUGCGCAACUGGCUACUACGGAGAUGCCACGGCCGGGACGCCUGAAGACUGCCAGCCAUGUGCCUGCCCACUGACCAACCCAGAGAACAUGUUCUCCCGUACCUGUGAGAGCCUUGGAGCUGGAGGGUACCGCUGCACGGCCUGUGAACCCGGCUACACCGGCCAGUACUGUGAACAGUGUGCCCCAGGCUAUGAGGGUAACCCCAAUGUGCAAGGAGGCCGGUGCCAGCCACUGACAAAAGACUUCUUGGAGGUUCAGAUCCAUCCCUCUCGGAGCGUGGUUCCCCAAGGAGGCCCACACUCCCUGAGGUGCCAGGUCAACGGCAGUCCACCUCACUACUUCUACUGGUCCCGUGAAGAUGGGCGGCCCAUAUCCAGUGGUGCUCAGCAGCGGCAUCAAGGCUCUGAGCUUCACUUCCCUAGCGUGCAGCCCUCCGAUGCCGGUGUCUACAUCUGCACCUGCCAAAACCUGCAUCACACCAGCAACAGCAGGGCUGAGCUCCUGGUCACUGAGGCUCCCAGCAAGCCCAUCACAGUGACCGUGGAGGAGCAGAGGAGCCAGAGUGUGCGGCCUGGAGCUGAUGUCACCUUUAUCUGCACAGCCAAGAGCAAAUCUCCAGCCUACACCCUGGUAUGGACCCGCCUGCAUAAUGGGAAGCUGCCCUCUCGUGCUAUGGACUUCAACGGCAUCCUGACCAUCCGCAAUGUGCAGCCAAGUGAUGCGGGCACCUACGUGUGUACUGGCUCCAACAUGUUCGCCAUGGACCAGGGCACAGCCACGCUGCAUGUUCAGGUUUCAGGUACCUCAACUGCCCCUGUGGUCUCCAUACACCCGCCACAGCUCACUGUGCAGCCUGGACAACUGGCUGAGUUCCGCUGUAGUGCCACAGGGAACCCCACACCCACUCUGGAAUGGACAGGAGGACCUAGUGGCCAGCUUCCUCAGAAGGCUCAGAUCCACGGUGGCAUCCUGCGCCUGCCAGCAAUCGAGCCCUCAGAUCAGGGCCAGUACCUGUGCCGCGCCCUCAGCAGUGCGGGGCAGCAUGUAGCUAGGGCCAUGCUUCAGGUGCACGGGGGCAGUGGACCCAGGGUCCAGGUGAGCCCCGAGAGGACCCAGGUGUACGAGGGCCACACAGUCAGGCUGUACUGCAGGGCAGCAGGAGUGCCCAGUGCCAGCAUCACCUGGAGGAAGGAGGGAGGCAGCCUGCCCCCACAGGCCCGGUCAGACAACACAGAAAUCCCCACGCUGCUCAUCCCAGCCAUCACACCUGCUGAUGCUGGCUUCUACCUCUGUGUGGCCACCAGCCCCACAGGCACCGCUCAGGCCCGAAUUCAGGUGGUCGUUCUCUCAGCCUCAGGUACCAGCUCGGUGCCAGUCAGGAUCGAGUCUUCAUCGCCAUCUGUGACUGAAGGACAGACUCUUGACCUCAACUGUGCAGUGAUGGGGCUGACCUAUACCCAGGUCACAUGGUAUAAGCGAGGGGGCAGCCUACCUCCCCACGCCCAGGUCCACGGCUCCAGGCUGCGGCUCCCCCGGGUCUCACCAGCGGACUCUGGAGAAUAUGUGUGCCGAGUAGAGAGUGACUUGGGCCCCAAGGAGGCUUCCAUUGUUGUCUCUGUCCUUCACGGUGUCCAUUCAGGCCCCAGUUACACCCCAGCCACUGGCAGCACCCCACCUAUCCGCAUUGAGUCUUCAUCCUCCCAUGUGGCUGAGGGGCAAACCUUGGAUCUGAACUGUGUGGUGCCUGGGCAGGCACAGGUGACAUGGCGCAAACGUGGAGGCAGCCUUCCUGCCCGGCACCAGACCCACGGUCCCCUGCUGAGACUACACCAGGUGUCCCCUGCUGACUCGGGCGAGUACGUGUGCCAUGUGGUCCUUGGCUCUGAGCACAUAGAGUCCUCUGUUCUGGUCACCAUUGAACCUUCCGAGGCCAUCCCUGCCCCUGGACCUGUCCUGCCUGUCAGAAUUGAGUCUUCAUCCUCCACAGUGGCUGAGGGUCAGACGCUAGAUCUCAACUGUGUGGUGGCGGGACAAGCCCAUGCGCAGGUCACAUGGUACAAACGUGGGGGCAGCCUGCCUGCCCGGCAUCAGGUCCGUGGCUCCCGCCUGUACAUCUUCCAGGCUUCCCCAGUAGAUGCUGGAGAAUAUGUUUGCCGAGCAGGCAAUGGACAAGAAGCCACCAUCACAGUCAAGGUCACAGGCAACCAAGGGGCCAACUUUGCCUACCCCCCGGGUAGCACGCCACGCAUUCGUAUUGAGUCAUCUUCCUCUCAUGUGGCUGAAGGGCAGACCCUGGAUCUAAACUGUGUGGUGCAGGGACAGGCCCAUGCCCAGGUCACGUGGCACAAGCGAGGAGGCAGCCUGCCUGCCCGGCACCAGACCCAUGGCUCCCUGCUGCGGCUGUACCAGGUGUCUCCUAUUGACUCAGGAGAAUAUGUGUGCCGGGUGGAGGGAGGGCCUGUGCCUCUGGAGAGCUCGGUCCUUGUCACCAUUGAGCCUGCAGGCUCUGGGCCUGCACUCGGGGUCACCCCUCCAGUCCGAAUCGAGACAUCUCCCUCCCACGUGGCAGAAGGGCAGAGCUUGGACCUGAACUGCCUUGUUGCUGGGCAGGCUCACCCCCAGAUCUCCUGGCACAAACGUGGGGGCAGCCUCCCUGCCCGGCAUCAGGUACAUGGCUCAAGGUUGAGGCUGCUCCAGGUGACCCCAGCUGACUCCGGGGAGUAUGUGUGCCGUGUGGUCAGUGGCUCGGGCACCCACGAAGCUUCUGUCCUUGUCACCAUCCAGCAGCGCCUCAUCCCCUCUCACUCCCAGAGCGUGGUGCACCCAGUUCGCAUUGAGUCCUCGUCACCCUCACUGGCCAAUGGGCACACACUGGACCUGAACUGCCUGGUGGCCAGCCACGCCCCCCACACCAUCACCUGGUAUAAGCGUGGAGGCAGCUUACCCAGCCGGCAUCAGAUCGUGGGUUCCCGCCUCCGGAUCCCUCAAGUGACCCCAGCGGACUCCGGAGAGUACGUGUGUCAUGUCAGUAAUGGCGUUGGCUCCCAGGAGACUUCGCUCAUUGUCAACAUCGAGAGCAGAGGUCCAUCCCAUGUGCCCAGUGUCUCCCCACCAAUGAGGAUUGAGACCUCAUCUCCCAUAGUGGUGGAAGGACAGACCUUGGAUCUGAACUGUGUGGUGGUUGGGCAGCCCCAGGCCACUAUCACAUGGUACAAGCGUGGAGGCAGCCUGCCUUCCAAACACCAGGCCCACGGCUCUCGUCUGCGGCUACACCAGGUGUCAGUGGCUGACUCCGGCGAGUAUGUGUGCCGAGCCAACAACAACAUUGAUGCUCAGGAGACCUCCAUCAUGAUCUCAGUCUCCCCCAGCAACAGCAGCCCCUCUGCCCCAGCCGGUGCCACACCCAUCAGAAUCGAAUCCUCUUCUUCAAAUGUGGCCGAAGGACAGACUGUGGAUCUGAACUGUGUGGUCCCUGGACAUGCCCAUGCCCAGGUCACAUGGCACAAGCGAGGGGGCAGCCUCCCUGCUCGACAUCAGGCCUACGGCUCAAGGCUGCGGCUGCACCAGGUGUCCCCUGCUGACUCGGGCGAGUAUGUGUGCAGAGUUCUGAGCAGCUCUGGCCCUCUGGAAGCUUCAGUCCUGGUCUCCAUUACAGCACCUACCACUAAUGCCCACGUCCCUGGUGGAGUCCCGCCCAUCCGCAUCGAGACCUCUUCCUCCCGAGUGGCUGAGGGGCAGACCCUGGAUCUAAGCUGUGUGGUUCCUGGGCAGGCCCAUGCCCAGGUCACAUGGCACAAACGUGGAGGCAGUCUGCCCGCCGGGCACCAGGUCCACGGUCACAUACUGAGGCUGAACCAUGUGUCCCCAGCGGACUCUGGCGAGUACUCAUGCCAAGUGACUGGCAGCUCAGGUACCCUGGAGGCUUCUGUCCUGGUCAACAUUGAGUCCACUAACCCCAGGCCCAUCCCUGCUCCAGGACUGGCCCAGCCUAUCUAUAUAGAGUCCUCCUCCUCCCACGUGGCUGAGGGACAGACUUUGGAUCUGAACUGUGUGGUUCCUGGGCAAGCCCAUGCCCAGGUCACAUGGCACAAACGAGGGGGCAGCCUGCCUGCACGACACCAGACUCAUGGCUCCCUGCUGAGGCUCCACCAUAUCUCCCCUGCUGACUCUGGCGAGUAUGUGUGCCAAGUGGCUGGUAGCUCCCGCCCUGAGCAUGAAGCUUCCUUCACAGUCACAGUCCCGCCCAGCGCAGGGUCUUCCUACCGUCUCAGGAGCCCCGUCAUCUCCAUCGAGCCACCCAGCCUCACAGUGCAACAGGGCCAAGAUGCCAGUUUCAAGUGCCUUAUCCACGAGGGAGCAACACCCAUCAACCUUGAGUGGAAGACCCGAAACCAAGAGCUGGAGGACAAUGUCCACAUCAGCCCCAAUGGCUCCAUCAUUACCAUCGUGGGCACCCGGCCCAGCAACCAUGGAGCCUAUCGCUGCGUGGCUUCCAAUGCCUAUGGUGUGGCCCAGAGUGUCGUCAAUCUCAGUGUGCACGGGUCUCCUACAGUGUCUGUGCUCCCUGAGGGCCCUGUGCAUGUGAAAAUGGGUAAGGACAUCACCUUGGAGUGCGUCAGUGCUGGGGAACCCCGCUCUUCCCCCCGUUGGACCCGACUCGGCACCCCUGUCAAGUUGGAGCCGCGGAUAUAUGGACUCAUGAAUAGCCAUGCAAUGCUGAAGAUCUCAUCAGCUAAACCAUCAGAUGCAGGCACCUAUGUGUGCCUGGCCCAGAAUGCCCUCGGCAAGGCACAGAAGCAGGUGGAGGUGAUCGUGGACACCGGCACUGUGGCCCCAGGCGCCCCUCGGGUCCAAGUUGAAGAAGCUGAGCUGACCUUGGAGGCUGGACACACGGCCACUCUUCACUGCUCGGCCACAGGCAAUCCCCCGCCCACCAUCCACUGGUCCAAGCUGCGUGCCCCCCUGCCUUGGCAGCACCGGGUAGAAGGCAACACACUGGUCAUUCCCCGGGUGGCCCAGCAGGACUCAGGCCAGUACAUCUGUAAUGCCACCAACUCUGCUGGGCAUACUGAAGCCACUGUUGUCCUGCAUGUGGAGAGUCCUCCUUAUGCCACCAUCAUUCCAGAGCAUACCUCAGUGCAGCCAGGGAAGCCAGUUCAGCUGCAAUGCCUGGCUCACGGCACGCCACCACUCACCUUCCAGUGGAGCCGUGUGGCUGGCAUCCUCCCUGAAAGGGCUGUUGCUAGGAACGAGCUGCUGCACUUGGAGCUCACAGGUCCUGCAGACUCUGGCCGCUACCGCUGCCAGGUCUCCAACAAGGUGGGCUCAGCUGAGGCCUUUGCCCAAGUGCUGGUCCAAGGCCCUUCUGGCGAUCUCCCUGAAACCUCCAUCCCAGUAGGAUCCACACCCACUGUGCAAGUCACUCCUCAGCUAGAGACCAAGAAUGUGGGGGCCAGCGUUGAGUUCCACUGUGCUGUGCCCAACGAACGGGGCACCCACCUUCGAUGGCUCAAGGAGGGAGGUCAGCUGCCUCCUGGACACAGUGUACAGGACGGAGUCCUCCGAAUCCAGAACUUAGACCAGAGCUGCCAAGGGACGUAUGUUUGUCAGGCCCAUGGGCCUUGGGGACAAGCCCAGGCCAGUGCCCAGCUAAUUGUUCAAGCCUUGCCCUCAGUUCUCAUCAAUGUACGCACCUCUGUGCACUCCGUGGUAGUCGGCCACUCCGUGGAGUUUGAGUGCUUGGCACUGGGUGACCCUAAGCCUCAGGUAACUUGGAGCAAAGUUGGAGGACACCUAAGGCCUGGCAUCGUGCAGAGUGGAAGUGUCAUUAGGAUUGCCCAUGUGGAGCUGACUGAUGCAGGACAGUACCGCUGUGCGGCCACCAAUGCUGCUGGUACUACCCAGUCCCACGUGCUGCUGCUCGUACAAGCCUUGCCUCAGAUCUCAACUCCCCCAGAGGUCCGAGUGCCUGCUGGCUCUGCAGCAGUCUUCCCAUGCAUGGCCUCAGGCUACCCGACACCUGCCAUCACCUGGAGCAAGGUGGAUGGCGACCUGCCACCCGACAGCCGCCUGGAGAACAACAUGCUGAUGCUACCAUCAGUUCGUCCACAGGACGCCGGCACCUAUGUGUGCACUGCCACCAACCGGCAGGGCAAGGUCAAAGCCUUCGCCUAUCUGCAGGUGCCAGAGCGAGUGGUACCCUACUUCACUCAGACACCUUACUCCUUCCUGCCACUUCCCACCAUCAAAGAUGCCUACAGGAAGUUUGAGAUCAAGAUUACCUUCCGGCCAGACUCUGCAGAUGGGAUGCUGCUGUACAAUGGGCAGAAGCGGAUCCCAGGGAGUCCCACCAACCUGGCCAACAGGCAACCUGAUUUCAUCUCCUUUGGCCUCGUGGGCGGAAGGCCUGAGUUCCGAUUCGAUGCAGGCUCUGGCAUGGCCACUAUCCGCCACCCCACACCACUGGCCCUAGGCCAGUUCCACACCGUGACCUUGCUCCGAAGCCUCACUCAUGGAUCCCUGAUUGUGGGCAAUUCUGCCCCUGUCAACGGAACCUCCCAGGGCAAGUUCCAAGGCUUAGACCUGAAUGAGGAGCUGUAUCUGGGUGGCUAUCCUGACUAUGGUGCCAUCCCCAAGGCUGGGCUGAGCAGUGGCUUUGUAGGCUGUGUACGUGAGCUGCGUAUCCAAGGCGAGGAAAUCAUCUUCCAUGACCUCAACCUCACAACACAUGGCAUCUCCCACUGCCCUACUUGCCAGGACCGACCCUGCCAGAAUGGGGGUCAGUGCCACGAUUCUGAGAGCAGCAGCUACACAUGUGUCUGCCCUGCUGGCUUCACUGGCAGCCGUUGUGAGCAUUCACAAGCCCUGCAUUGCCACCCAGAGGCCUGUGGGCCCGACGCCACCUGUGUGAACCGGCCAGAUGGCCGAGGCUACACCUGUCGCUGCCACCUGGGCCGUUCGGGGAUGAGGUGUGAGGAAGGUGUGACAGUGACCACCCCAUCUAUGUCUGGCACUGGCUCCUACCUGGCACUACCGGCUCUCACCAAUACUCACCAUGAGCUACGCCUGGAUGUGGAGUUCAAGCCACUGGCACCCGAUGGGAUAUUGCUGUUCAGUGGGGGCAAGAGUGGGCCCGUGGAAGACUUUGUGUCCCUAGCGAUGGUUGGUGGCCACCUGGAAUUCCGCUAUGAGUUAGGGUCAGGUCUGGCUGUUCUGCGAAGCCAUGAACCGCUGGCCCUGGGCCGCUGGCACCGAGUGUCUGCAGAGCGUCUCAACAAAGAUGGCAGCCUGCGGGUGGAUGGAGGGCGCCCUGUGCUGCGCUCCUCCCCAGGGAAGAGCCAGGGCCUCAACCUACACACGCUGCUCUACCUGGGUGGUGUGGAGCCCUCCGUACAGCUUUCCCCAGCCACCAAUAUGAGUGCUCACUUCCGAGGCUGUGUGGGCGAGGUGUCUGUGAAUGGCAAGCGGUUGGACCUCACCUACAGCUUUUUGGGCAGCCAGGGUGUGGGGCAGUGCUACGAUAGUUCCCCGUGUGAGCGCCAGCCCUGCCGGAAUGGUGCCACAUGCAUGCCUGCGGGUGAAUAUGAGUUCCAGUGCCUUUGUCAAGAUGGCUUUAAAGGAGACCUUUGUGAGCAUGAGGAGAACCCUUGCCAGCUCCAAGAGCCCUGUCUGAAUGGUGGCACCUGCUGGGGUGCCCAUUGCCUAUGUCUCCCUGGCUUCUCUGGUCCCCGCUGCCAACAAGGCGCAGGGUAUGGCGUAGUAGAAUCUGACUGGCACCUUGAAGGCAGUGGAGGCAAUGAUGCUCCUGGGCAAUACGGGGCCUACUUUCAUGACAAUGGCUUCCUAGGCCUCCCUGGCAACAUCUUCUCCAGGAGUAAGACAGGUGUUGUUGACUUUCGGACCAGCACAGCCAAUGGCCUCCUGCUCUGGCAGGGUGUGGUGAGAGAGGCCAGCCGCAGCAAGGACUUCAUCAGCCUUGGACUACAGGAUGGCCAUCUUGUCUUCAGCUACCAGCUAGGCAGUGGAGAGGCCCGUCUUGUCUCUGAGGACCCCAUUAAUGAUGGCGAGUGGCAUCGGGUGACAGCACUGCGAAAGGGCCAGAGAGGCUCCAUCCAAGUAGACGGUGAGGAGCUGGUCAUCGGCCGGUCCCCAGGUCCUAAUGUGGCCGUCAACACCAGUGGUGCCCCAGAUGUGGCCACACUGACCAGGGGCAAGUUCUCCUCUGGGAUCACAGGCUGUAUCAAGAACCUGGUGCUGCACUCAGCCCGGCCUGGAGCCCCACCCCCACAACCCCUGGACCUGCAGCAUCGUGCCCAGGCAGGGGCCAACACACGCCCCUGCCCCUCAUAG